CCUAGCGAAUGUGUCUUGACUAAAGGCGUAGCGAAGCCACAAAAAAAAAAAAUGUGUCCUGUGAGUGAGCUGUCAAAUCUUGACAGUUCUUUUAUGUUGAAAUUCCCUCCCAGUGGCAUUACACGCGUUUAGUCGUAACUCAAAUAAACGCAACGAUGUCGGGAGGACUUGACGUGCUUGCCCUCAAUGAGGAGGAUGUCACCAAGAUGCUUGCAGCGACGACCCAUCUUGGGUCCGAGAAUGUCAACUUCCAGAUGGAAACAUACGUUUACAAGCGCCGUGCUGAUGGCACCCACGUCAUCAACCUGCGCCGCACCUGGGAGAAACUAGUGCUGGCGGCCCGUGCUGUGGUUGCUAUUGAGAACCCAGCGGACGUGUUCGUCAUCUCGUCCCGUCCCUUCGGUCAGCGCGCUGUGCUUAAGUUCGCCGCCCACACUGGCGCCACCCCUAUUGCCGGACGUUUCACCCCUGGUGCCUUCACUAACCAGAUCCAAGCUGCUUUCCGUGAGCCACGUCUGUUGAUUGUAUUGGACCCUGCCCAGGACCACCAGCCCAUCACUGAGGCUUCCUACGUCAACAUCCCCGUUAUUGCUCUGUGCAACACUGACUCUCCCCUCAGAUUCGUUGACAUUGCUAUCCCUUGCAACACCAAGUCAUCUCACUCCAUCGGUUUGAUGUGGUGGCUGUUGGCGCGUGAGGUUCUGCGCCUGCGUGGUGUGUUGGCUCGCGACCAGCGCUGGGACGUCGUCGUCGACCUCUUCUUCUACCGCGACCCUGAAGAGAGCGAGAAGGAAGAGCAGCAGGCUAAGGAACAGGUUCAGGCCGUAGUCCCAGCCAAGCCCGAAGUGGCCCCACCAGUGCACGAGGACUGGAAUGAGACUGUGGAGCCCGUGGCCUCGUGGGCCGAGGACGCCGCCCCGGCGCCCGCGCCCGCCGCCACCUUCGGUGCUCCCGCCGCCCAGGAAGAUUGGGCUGCUCAGGUCCAGGAUGAGUGGGGUACCGCGGCGCCCCCGCCGGCCGCCCCUGCUCCCUCAUGGGGAGGCACUGCCCAGGACUGGAGCGCUUCGUAAACGUUACAUUCACAUCGGUUAAUAUAACUAAAAACUAAAAAUCGA